AUGCGCCCCGCGCCGCUGCUCGGGCUCCUGCUCUGGGCGCCGCUGCUCUGGGCGCCGCCGGUGCGCGGCUUCCGCCACGGCGUCCACUGGAACGGCAGCAACCCCAGGUUCCUGCGGGACGACUACUCCAUCCAGGUGGCCAUCAAUGACUACCUGGACAUCUACUGCCCGCACUACGAGGGGGCGGUGCCCAGCGGCCGGGCAGAGACCUUCACGCUCUUCAUGGUGGACCGGGAGGGCUACCGCGGCUGCUACGAGACCCCCGGCGCCUUCAAGCGCUGGGAGUGCAACCGGCCCCAGGCGCCCUUCGGGCCCGUCCGCUUCUCGGAGAAGAUCCAGCGUUUCACCCCCUUCUCACUCGGCUUCGAGUUCCAGCCGGGGGAGACCUACUACUACAUCUCCGUCCCCAGCCCCGAGAGCGCCGGGCGAUGCCUGAAGCUGCGCGUCACCGUCUGCUGCCGAGGCACCACGCCGGAGCCGCUGACAGAGGUGCCCAAUUCGCAGCCCCGAGGGCGCGGGGGCCCCGAGGCCAACCCCCCCAAGCCCGUGGGGCAGCCCCAGGCCAUGACCCGCCUGCUGGACCUCCGCAAAGCCGAGCUGGGGCCGGGAGCUCCGGGCUGGAAGAUCCCUCAUCCGGCCACGCUGCCAGAGCCCCCCUACCCCCAGCCCUGCCGUGACAGGGGCUUCAGCGUGCCCCAAACACCCCCCGUCACCCCAGCGUGA